GAAGGUUCUCCAGUCCAGUGUGCCGCUCUUUCGAACGCUUCAAUGGCACGGACUCUCUGGACUAACCCCUUUAGCAGCGCAAGUAAACGACCUGCCAAUACAGCUUCUUGAAUGUUGACGGUGAUACCAUCUCCAAAAUCAGUCAUCUUCCAAGAUCAUCAUGUUUCCCGACAUAUUCCAUGUCUCGUCUCCUUUGCAGCUCCCACCAGCCCUCUCUCUAGACUAACCUUUGUCGCUCGUUGCACCCCGCGCCCGCGUCCGCGUCUAUGGACCCUGCCCGCAAUGAACUACACCAUUGACGACACCCACCCCGAGAUUCUCUACUCUCCCGGCGGCUGGGCCGUGCAGUCGCCCACCGACCCCGACCUGCAGUCCUUUCUUUACUCCACGUACCACGCCGCCAACGCCGAUGGCGCCUCGUUCAAUGUCACCUUCGGGGGAUCUGCCAUCUACAUAUUCGGUUCGAAAGGGCCCCUGCACGCAAACUACGACGUCAUCUACGACGGCACCCUGCUCGAGGGGCUCUCGGCGUACGCGCAGGACACGUCCUUCCAGCAGCCGCUCUUCCAGCAUGUCUUCGAUGUCGACGACGGAAGCAUUGAGGGGCAGUCGCACUUUGUCUCCCUCACGGUGCGGUUCAGCGGCGCGAACAACUGGCUCGAUCUCGAUUAUAUCGUGUUCACCACGCCUUCGUCUUCCUCUGCCUCGCCUGCGACGUCCGCUCCCGCGAUGAGCUCCCAGCCGUGGACCAGCAGCGCUCCCGCCGUCACCACCCUCAACUACACCAUCCUCGGCCUCCCCACAGCCUCCCCGACCCCCGCCCCCGCCCCCGCCGCGCUCCCCACCUCCUCGAUCCUCGCCGUGCUCUUCGGCGCGAUCACCGGCCUCGCACUGCUCAUCCUCCUCGGGUUCGCGCUCAUCAACCGGCGGAUCACGCGCCAGCUGCAGCACAGGGACGGCGCGGGACGCCACGCGUACUCCGCCGCGCCGCGCGCCUCCCCGUCGCCCUCCCAGCCGCACUUCCCCGACCUCGCCUCGUCGCGCGCGCACACGAGCACGCGCGACCUGCAGCCGAACCGCCGCGCGACCGCCGCGAGCUACGCCUCCUCCGGCUCGCACUACGCGCCCACCGAGGCCUCGAACCCCAGCCAGUCCAGCCAGGCGCCGCUCAACCCCUCCCACCACUCGCUGCUGCCCCCGCCGGGGACGAGCCCGAUCCGGUUCAACCACAAUAUACCGAGCAUGGGCAGCCUGCGCUCGUUGCUGGGCACGAGCCGGCGGGAGAGGGCGGAUGAUGCGGAUUCGACAAGGACGGAUUUCUUGCAGGUUUAG